CGUCAGUAGUAAACACAUCGUUGUGGGGGGAGGGGACCAUCUCUCGCAUUACACCAUAUUAUACACUUUUUCCUGUUUUUCCUCCACUUUCCGUUCAUGGGAGGUUCUCAGGAGACGGAGGAGCCGCUAUGGGCCACAGUUCACCUCCCUCUCCACCUCAGUUAAGGAAAUAAAGCACAGCAGUUGCUGCGUUGACCUUCAUACACCACCACUACCAUCACAACACCCAUCAUCACUGCCAACACCACUUCCAUCAUCACUACCAACACCACCAGUUCCCAACCACACAACCAUAGAAAUCCACUGGCCUCAUUGCUGCAACCAUCUCACAGGAACCAUUGUGAAUCAGCCAGUCAGGCAGUCGCCAAGUCACCCAGGGCAGCUGAGACUCACCAGCCAGAAUGACAACCGAAGAGAAGUUUCAGGCAGCUGUCAACAUCAUCCGAAGUCUGCCCAAGGAUGGCCCGUACCAGCCGUCCCACGACAUGAUGCUCAAGUUUUAUGGCCUCUACAAGCAGGCCGUGGAGGGUCCGUGCACAGAGCCCAAGCCCGCCUUCUACGAGGUGGUGAAGGGCUACAAGUGGCAGGCAUGGCGGGCCCUGGGCAGCAUGACCAAGGCUGAGGCCAAGAACUGCUACGUGGAGGAGCUGAAAAAGAUCAUAGAGACGAUGGCGUACACCGAGAAUGUCGCCAACUUCAUCGAUGCUCUGGGGCCAUUUUACGAGUACGUGGAUGUCCCCGGCAAGAAGAAGCUCAAUAACAACACUGCCAAGGGGCCUCCGUCUUCAGGGGACCUCUCAGACUCUUGCAACGAAGCCACGGAGAGCAGCAGCAGCGGUAGGAACACCCCCAUCACCAACGGCGUGCAGUGCGACACCCAGAACCACCACGCCCACCAGCAGAAUGGGGAUGCUACCGCUGCUCCUGCUCUUUAUGUCCAUGCCCACGCAGCUCGGCCCUUAGGGGAUGUGGAUGCGGACAGUGCUGUGGGGGAGGAGCAAGAAGAGGAAGGAUCACAAGAGGAUGAAAGUGAAGAUGAUGAGCAAGGGGAGGAGGAAGAGGAAGAGGAGGGAGAGGUGGCGGGGGCAGCAGCGGCAGCAGUCAACAAGGUGUACAGCGACUCGGACACGGACGAAGAGUAUUCUGAACCUGCUGAAAGCCUACCACUCAUAGUUCCACCCCUCCACCACUCUUCCACCACCACCACCUCCACAUCCAGUCUCACUCCGGUGCAGCAACUGAGUACAGCCUACACUGACAGGGAGAGCCACAACACACCACAGCCUACAGCAAGCCAGGAGGGUGCUGUGAUGCAUGGUGGAGGGGAUAAGAGUCAUCCUGGUGGUCUUCAGAUGACCCCAGCACAAGGAUACAACCUCCCCAACCACCCUCCAGGCCACUCCCAGCUCCCCCUUGCCUUCCCCUCCCCCUCCCACCCUGCUCAUGGGCGGUGGGGUGGCGGGGGUUCUGGGGGUGGGGGAGAUGGUGGGGGUGGAGGCGGGGGAGGGCGAGGUGGGCGCAGGGUGGCCGAUGAUGUUAGUGCACAGCUGAUGGUAGUGUUACAGCGGCUGCAGACAGACAUGGAGUGUGUGCUGCACCGCCUCAACACCCUGGAAACACUCACCCUGACCCAGCACCACGCUGUCUGCCGCACCUGCCAAGGCGGCAGCAGCAGCGGCGGUGACACCCCAGGGAAUGGAAGUGGGCGGUCGUGGUGGCCUUUCCCUGAGCUGUCUCCACGCUCCACCUUCUUCCUCCUCAUGUGGCCCCUCAUCCUCCACGGGGGCUUCAGACUCCUGCCUCUCCUCAGGUGUCGGAGGAAACGCUCCUAGGGUGUUCCGUGUGUCCCAGCUGAGGAAUGGAGGAAAGUUAAGGAGAGAAAGAAUGAAAGAGCUCCAGAGCAUUAUUGGUGCCGCAGAAAAGACAACAGACACGGACCACUCCAGUCGACAAUAAAAGGUGGGCCGGAAUGGCCUCUCACCCAUCCCUGGCAAUGGAAGGGUUAAAGACAAAAGGGGAAGGGUUUUAGGGAAGAAUUCUAGUGUGUUAUCUGAAGAGAGAUAGAGAGAGACAGACAGAGGGAGAGAGAGAGAGAGAUGAAGCCAGUGAAAGGAGUCUGGAAAACACAAACACAUACAUGGAAACAAACACGCACAUACACACAAAGAGCAGUGGUUAGUGCCGUCACUUCACAACUGAUAAGUCCUGGAAUCAGUUCUUGGGCAGAAUGGAGAUGGAUGGUAAAAGUAAAAUUAGAGGCAUAUGCUAUUUAGCUGCACUUGGCCUCAUUGCUCAUCUCUGUCACAUUGGCCCUUGAGCCUGUGAAGGGAAGUACCCAUUACCCCAGGACAUGGGGCCAAUGUGACAUCUGGGUCAUAACUUCGCCAGGUUUCCCCAGGUACCCAUUUAUUGACCAGCCCAAAAGGGAGGCUAAACAGCUGAGAGAGCUGCACACCGACUGCCCAGACCGGGAUUCAAACCUGGGCUCACGGAUUCGUACCUAGGCAUGCUAACCAGAGGUGGAGAUGGAUGGCAGUCUCCUUUAGUCCAUGCCCUCUGUCCACCCAGCAGUGAAUGUGUGCCGGUGUCAUUCAGGAGUUGUGUCCUACCUCCCAGAGGUGAGUGGGUAUGAGAUUCCAGCUGUACCCAAAUACCUGUCACUCAUGAGCUCCAAGUUCAUUCAGGAAAGAUACUAGCUGGUUAUCAUGAGUCCAGCCAUGGUGAAUUACACACACACACACACACACACACACACACAAAGAAGAAGAAGAUAAUGAGGAGUUUCCACUAUAGUCUAUCGAUUUUAACUUGAGCCCUUGGGCGCUACGCAGGGAUUCCCCACGAGACCGCGCCGGUGCCACAUCACUCCAUUACUCUCCUCAGAGAGGGUCGCUGCCUCUCUCUCUUUUGCAUGGCUGUGCAGGAUGCGAGAGUGAGAACUUCUUGAGUUGUCCAUUGUGGGUGAACGCUGAAUGGUGCGGCCUGGCUCCUGUUGCCAAGGUCCAUCUGGCGGCAACGUCGCACAAGCCACGUUGCCAAGUGAUAUGGAAGGUUUACCGAGUCGUCAUUUUUCCUUCUAAUCCCAAGCCAUUCAUAACACCAUGCAUUCGUACUAUGAAUAUAUAUAUUCCAUAAAUAGAUAACGUACAGACUACCAGUGAGACAGAUCGCCAUGCACAGGUCAUCGCUAGAUCUGUAAACAAUGGGGGUUUCCCCGGGCCAAGCCACAGGGCUCAAGUUAGAGUCAAUGGACUAUAAGAGAAGGAAUAAACACCAGGAACACAAGAGGACACAGUAAAAAAUUGAGGAAGGAAAGAUGCUUGAGAGACAAAGAAAUAUAGCUUCCUGCAAAGAAAUAUAGAGGUUUGGAACAGACUAAGUAAGGAGGUAGUAUCGGCGAAGAGUGUGCAAAACUUUAAGGAAAAGUUGGACAAAUACAGAUACGGAGACGGGACCACACGAGCGUAAGCCCAGGCCCUGUAAAACUAUAACUAGGUAAAUACACACACACACACACACACACGUACAUUAUGAAGAUAGGACAACACAAGCUUAGCGCAAAUCCUGUAUGUUACAACUAGGUAAAAUACCCACACCCAAACACACUGGGGAAAAGGUGCAAUGCAAAAUUAUGUAGCCUAUGAGGAAUGUUAGAAAGCCAAGGAGAGCAUAUAAAAACAUUUCAAUAGAACAAAGUAGCAAGAAAUCUGACAAAACAGCUGGAAGACACAUUAUGCAGCAGUACUCUCCCCCUUGAGACACCAUAUGGAUUACAAAAGUGUGGCCACAAGAUUUAUAAAUACAUAGUUGAUACUUAACUGAAGCACAGUCAAUAGGGUUUUGUUUUUAUACUGCGAGGGUUGUGUAGUUAUAAGGUUUAGUCACUUUGUUAUACUAGAUAUUAUUUUAUAUAUAUCUUUUCUUCAACUAUUACUUUUUUGUUGGAGUUACAGGUCUUUUUGUUGGAGUUAUAGGUCUUUUUGUUGGAGUUAUAAGUCUUUUUGUUGGAGUUAUAAGUCUUUUUGUUGGAGUUAUAGGUCUUUUUGUUGGAGUUAUAGGUCUUGCAGCUUUAUAUAUGUUGUUGUAAGUGAUUUUGAAAGGUAUACAUGUUAUCCUAAAAGGUAUGUGGUCAGUUUGUCUAUAAUACUGCUCCUGGACUGAAAAUGUUAACAAUAGUAAUUAAUUACAACAGUGAUCUAGAUAAGGUGCUGAUCAUUGUCACCUGCAAAAUAGAUGAAGAUAGUAAUCUGAAAUGUCUAACAAAGCUAAAUGAUGUAAUGUAAUGUAAUGAUCCAAAAAAAAGUGGAGUGAUGACAACUAUGAAAAAGGGUUAUAAUGAAGUUCAUGCACGGAAGAAAGUGAAAAUCUAAAAACACUUGGGGACUUUCCAAACUCUGUGUAUGUAAGGGCCAGUGCUGUGCCACCUUAUACCUCACCAGGAAAGAGAUUGAAGUGCAAUGCCUGUCAUUUGUUUCCCUGAAAGGACUGUGAGGCAAAAUACUGCAUUAUUUCAUAAAACUUAAGUAAAAAUACUUUCAUAUAAAAAUGUAACAAAGUAUUCCUUAACUUGCUUUAGUCCUGCAAAACAAAGCCAACUGCAAGUGCAGUUGCUUCUCAUCACCCUUUUAUUGAUAGAAAAGUAAGAAAUGACCAGACUUUCAGUGUUACACAAUUCAUUUUAAAUGUGCCAUUUUUUUAUGAUAAUACAUGUAAAAUAUAUUUUGGCACGUAAUGUCUCAAGACAUCAUGAAGACAACUGAAGUUUAUGUUAUUUGCAAUACUUGCAGAAUGACAAUUAAUAGUUACUGCAAGCUGCCAUUUUACAGAAGUCAAUAUCUUGACUGAGAAAAUAUCUGCAGGCAUGAUAGCAUUAAAGUGGCCUCAGCAGCAUUCAGAAUAAAGUCAGCAUCAUGUGCUGCUCUCGCCUGACAGAUGGGUCUUUGCAAUAUGACAUGCCAAAAUUUAAUCUAAUGUCAGAAAAUGAAACAUACAUUCAAUACUUGUGCUUAUUUAAUACAUAAGCCUGGAUCACAUAUCACUGAAAACCUGAUUUUACUCACCUUUCCAUCAGCUUGAUGAAGGGUGUCAAGAAACAGCUGGUGUUGCCAGGUUUUCCCUACACUUUGCAAGGAAUAAAGCAAGAUGAGCAAUGCUUUCUUCUCUGUUAUAGUUUCAUACAAUAUCAUUAGAAUUAAUUUUAUGAAAUAUUGCUUUUAGAAAUGCAUAUGAGAGGUAUUGCAUAUUCACCUCUUUCACACUGAAGGACCGGAUGCAGUGUUGCCCACGACCAAAACUGAGUGGAAAGCUCCUCCCUCAAUGGCUCUACAGAUUGUGAGGAAGAAACUAUUUUUGAGUGAGGAAAUUCUUGCACUGGGUUACCUUUAUUGGUCUAUGUUCUUCAUUGUCAAUCAGCAUUUUUCUUAUUCUUUGAGAUAUUUUGUCUUCAAGUUAAUCUUUUCCUCUCACAAAGGAGAUGGCAAAAAAAUUCUGUAAGGCAAAAUCACUUAUAUGAUAUGAGGCAAACAUAAGCCAGAAAUUAAAUGAGAAAAACAAUGCUGAAAGAUUAGACAAAGAAUAGAACAACUAAACAUUUAAAACAGAACAUUGAGAUUAAAAAAAAAAAUGAGGAAAAGUUUUAAAUGAAAUCGACUGUCAUGAGUACCUUUACAGACUGUCAUGAGUACCUUUACACA